GCCUGGAGAUCCAGGUCGUGUGUGUUUUGGGGUCGGGGUGGCUCCAGGCUUUGGGGCUGUGGGAAGAGGGCCCAAGGAGCCAGCUCUCUUUCAGGCCUGAGUUGUGGCAUUUCUCCUACUGCUUCCCGGCAGCCAAGAAGUCUGCCUGGAGCUUCUAGGCCCCGCCCUUAAGCUGCACUCCCCCGAUGUCCAAGUUGUGGGCUGAGGACACAAAUUUUUAACUGGGUCUGUUGAUCAUUAACAGUGGGAAACGGAGUCCAACUCAGCUCCCCUGUGGCCAUAGACAGCUGGGCCUCAGCCCUCCUGCAGAAAUGCUAGGCCCCCAGAUGUGGGCCUCCAUGAGGCAGGGGUUGAGCAGGGGCUUGUCUAGGAAUGCGAAGGGGAAGAAGAUAGACAUUGCCGGUAUCUACCCACCCAUAACCACCCCGUUCACCGCCACCGCAGAGGUAGACUACGGGAAACUGGAAGAGAACCUGAAUAAACUCAGCGCCUUCCCCUUCCGAGCCACUCAAGCCACAGUAGAGAUGACCGUCAGCAUGGCUCAGGUCGGUGCUGAUGCUGUCAUGGUGGUGACUCCUUGUUACUAUCGUGGCCGCAUGAGCAGUGCUGCCCUCAUUCACCACUACACCAAGGUCGCUGAUCUUUCUCCAAUCCCAGUGGUGUUGUACAAUGUCCCGGCCAACACAGGGCUAGACCUGCCUGUGGACGCAGUGGUUACGUUGUCUCAGCACCCGAAUAUCAUUGGCAUAAAGGACAGUGGUGGCGAUGUGACAAGGAUUGGGCUAAUGGUUCACAAGACUAGCAAGCAGGAUUUCCAGGUGUUGGCUGGGUCAGUUGGCUUCCUCCUGGCCAGCUAUGCUGUGGGAGCUGUUGGGGGCAUAUGCGGCCUGGCCAAUGUCUUAGGGGCCCAGGUGUGCCAGCUGGAGAGACUGUGCCUCACGGGGCAGUGGGAAGCUGCCCAGACACUGCAGCACCGCCUCAUCGAGCCCAACACUGCGGUGACCCGGCGCUUUGGAAUCCCAGGGCUGAAGAAAACCAUGGACUGGUUUGGCUACUAUGGAGGCCCCUGUCGUGCCCCCUUACAGGAGCUGAGCCCCACUGAGGAGGAGGCCCUGCGCUUGGAUUUCAGCAACAAUGGCUGGCUCUGAUGGCAAGCAGGAGACACCUCGUCUGAGCCUUUUGGGACUUCUGUUCCCACAGCCUGUAGAGGAGCCAGGCAUUAGGAAUUAGGGCUUGUCUUAGUCACUGUUCUAUUGUUGUGAAGAGACACCAUGACCCUGGUGACUCUUAUAAAGGAAAGUAUUUAAUUGAG